GUGGACUGUGCCUACAUGACUAAAGUUGAGUUGGAAUCCAAGGUGGGAGCUCUGACCGAUGAAAUCAACUUCCUGAGGUGCAUGUACGAGGAGGAACUGGCUCAGAUGCAGACCAUCAGCCGGGACCUGUCCGUGGUGGUGUCCAUGGACAACAACCGUCACCUGGAUCUGGACAGCAUCAUCGAGGAGGUCAGGCGCCAGUAUGAGCAGAUCGCGCAGAACAGCCGGGCUGAGGCUGAGGCUUAUUACCAGAGCCAGUAUGAAGAGCUACAGAGCACUGCUGGAAGGCACGGGGACAGCCUCCGCAACACCAAGAUAGAGAUCCAAGAGCUGACCAGAAAUGUCCAGAGGCUGCGGGCUGAGAUUGAGAACGUGAAGAAGCAGAUCCAGCAGCUGCAGUCAGCUAUUGCUGAGGCUGAGGAGCGCGGUGAGAUGGCCCUCAAGGAUGCCAGGAGGAAACUGGAAGAGCUGGAAAGUGCCCUGAACAAAGACAAGGAGGAGCUGGCUCGCUUGCUGAAGGAGUACCAGGAGAUGCUGAAUGUCAAGAUUGCCCUGGAUGUUGAGAUUGCCAUGUACAGGAAGCUGCUGGAGGGAGAGGAGAACAGGCUGUGCAAUGACAACAUGUCCAACGUCAAUGUCU